CUGGUAAGAGCCAUGCAAUUAUCGCCAGGCUGUUUGGUGUUGGCGUUCGCCCUGUUCCAUAGUGCACCUCAAGCCACUGUGGUCGAGGACUUCAACCAUGUAGAGCGAUGCAUGAACUCCUUAUAUAUGGGAACCCCACCACGGGGAAUCAUUAAUGACAAACUGAAGAAGAUCUGUCAGCGCUAUGCCGACAAGCCACGCUUUGUGACCUUGUACGACCCCCAGAAACGCAUCCCUGUCUACUCAGCCUACUCCUUCAAGAAGACAGAGGGAGAGCGACGUGUGGACUACUCCUGGAUGUAUGAAACACAGCUGGCAGAGGUUGAUGGGAAUGGGAAUAUGCUACCCUCCCUUACCGCCUACCUGCACAUGAAGUUUGAGGACAGCCAGGCAGUGCUGGACGACUACUCUGACGUAGUCCUGUAUGAACGAGGACACCUGAACCCAGAUCAGCACCAGUCUGACCCAUAUGACCGUGCUGCCACCUACACCCUGACCAACGUGGUCCCAGAGAUCAGGGAGUUCAAUAUCGGGCUGUGGCGUGAGCACAACAACGCGUUCGCCUCACCGCCUUCAUCGUCCGGUAACAUGAUCCGCCGGAACAACCUGGAGAACUUCCCGAAGACCCGGAUGGACGUGGACCAGAAUCUACUGCAUCUCCCCCUCUCCUCUUCCUCUGUAUCUCCACCGCACCAUAUAAGAGCUCCUCAACAACGCUCACACACGCCUACUCUGUGUGCACAAGGGUUUACAACUAUCUCCAUAGAUCUACUAUUAUGUGCUUAUUAUAAUGAUUAUGCAUGUAUUUUUAACAUAACAAUUAUAUAGUACUUGUGAUGCUUUGGCAAAGCUUUCAUUAUCGAAGAUCUGCUUUGCAAAUGACUUCCUUUGUAGCGUAAUUGUUCCUCCAUUCUCUGUAUUUGUAGCAUUCUUUAUUGAUCUGCCCCCUUUAUAAAACAGCUCAGUGACAUUCAGACACAAUGGUUCAGUGUGUCAGCCAUUCAUGGAGAGGUGUUAUCGGCUCACAUUUGGCAAAAGUGGCUGUAAAAUGGAUACCAUCAAAGGUAGUUCUGAGCUGUAAAGGACAUCUUCUUUGACUAAAAUAAAUGAGUUAUUUGACUU